AUGAUUGAUCACUUUGUUAUCUUUUCCAGAACAGGGGCUGUCUUGUGGUCACGUACGCUGUGCAAGCUAAACAAUAAUCUCGUGGAUAACCUCAUCAAUCGCGUGCUGAUGGAAGAUCGCGCCGGCGAAAAGAAGUUUAUUGACAACGCCUAUGCCAUGCAAUGGGUAUUUGAAAACAAACUGGAUCUGGUGUUUGUCGUUGUCUACCAGAAGAUUUUACAGCUAUUGUAUAUUGAGGAGCUCCUGGAGAUUGUCAAAAAGGAUUUUAUCGUCACGUUUCCUCAGCAGAUCGCCAACAAGACGCCCGUCACAUACGAAGCCAAGUUCACCAAGAUCCUCAAGGCUACAGAACUUACAUUUACAGAGAAACAUGCACGUAAAGGUCCGCGCGGGUAUAAUGCAUCCAAGAAAGCCAAGGCCAAAGGUGUGAAGUCCAAUACAGCCGGCAAGACAGCAUUGUCUUCGCGCUCUACGACGACUGCAGAUUCCAGUGAUGAUGGAAAUGAUAGCGCCCCGUCCGAUGGAAAUGAUAGCGCCCCGUCCGAUGGAAAUGAUAGCGCCCCGUCCGAUGGAAAGGACAAAAAUCUCGUCGAGCUGGAAUACGAGGCGACACUGCGUUCGUCCAAGGGGCGAACGAUGCGAUCGGGUGCGCGUCGUAAGGGGAAGGAUAAGGCUGCGAAGGAGUCGAAGAAUGGCGGCAAGCAAAGGACGAUAUGGGACGACACAAAGGUGUCCAAGAAGGAGGCCAAAGCGUUGGAUCGCUCUAAAACGAUUACUGCCGACGAGGAAGAGGCACAGCUCCGCGAGAAACGUGAAGCCUACAUUGGCAAAUUGGAAGCGAGCGACUCUGACGAGUCUUCUGUCAGUGAUGAGGAGUCUUCCGCCUCUUCGGGAGCGGAUUCAGACUCUGGCUGGAGCUUUUCGAAAACUCGUGUUGGUAACUUCCUUAGCACGAUGUCUGGCAACAAAAUACUCGAGCGAGAUGAUUUGGAGCCUGUGAUCAACCCCAUGCAUCAGAUGCUGAUAAGCAAGAAUGUGGCUUCGGAAGUCGCCGAUGAACUAUGCGAAUCUGUCAUCACGACCAUGGUCGGUCAGAGGCUGGAGAGCUUCUCGCGCAUCUCUACGGUCGUGCGCAAGGCUCUAGAGGCCGCACUGUUGCGUAUCUUGACACCGAAGAAAUCUACUGACGUGCUGCGCGAGGUUCUGCAGGCAAAGGCAGAAGGCCGUGCAUACAGCAUUGUCUUUGUGGGUGUCAAUGGCGUUGGCAAGUCCACUAGCUUGUCCAAGGUAUGCUACUACCUGAAGUCGAAGGGUGUGAACGUUAUGAUCGCUGCGUGCGAUACGUUCCGUUCUGGAGCUGUUGAGCAGCUGAACCAACACGCCAAGGUCCUGGACGUGGAGUUGUUCCAGAAGGGUUAUGCUAAAGACCCGGCAUCGGUGGCCAAGGAGGCGAUCAAGUACGGCGCCGAUCAUGGUUACGAUUGCGUGCUCAUUGACACUGCUGGCCGGAUGCAAAAUAACGAGCCGCUCAUGCGCGCGUUGGCCAAGCUUGUGUCAAACAACGAGCCGGACCUUGUUCUCUUUGUUGGAGAAGCUUUGGUUGGCAACGAUGGUAUCGAUCAGCUGUCAAUGUUCGACCGGGCUCUUGCAGACUACUCGGACCGCCGCGAGCCGCACCGCAUUGAUGGCAUUGUCAUUACGAAGUUCGACACAAUUGAUGAUAAGGUUGGUGCUGCGGUAUCGAUGGUGUACAAGACUGGCCAGCCGAUCAUGUUUGUUGGCACGGGCCAGAAGUACACGCAUUUGAAGAAGCUGAACGCGCGUACGGUCUUACGUCACCUGCUGCAGUAG